CCCGACUACGUCCCGCGCCCGCCUAACCCCUUCAUCUGCUUCAGGCAAGACUGGCUUCGCCGGCUCGAGAGAGGCGAGAUCGCCUACUCCGGCCCGAGGGAUCAGCGUACGAUGUCUUUCCGGAUAUCGCAUGACUGGCGGGAGAUGCCAGAACAGGAAAAGGGGAAAUUCAGGAGGGAGGCGUUGCAGAGGAAGAAGGCGCAUGCGGCCAAGUACCCUGGGUACAAGUUUGCUCCCAGGCAGAAGGAG